AUGCUGGACGCGGCCUUCGCUCGCCACGGAAUGAUAGUCUAUGACCACGCGUGGAAGUUCAUAGUUGGGUUUGGCCUUUUGAGUGCGGCGAUGGCCGCGGGGAUCUUCUUCCGCAAAAACGAAUUCGACAUGUUCAAGUUGUACAGCUACCCGGGGGCCCCCAGCCACGACGUGCGGCAGCUGCUGGAGGCCACCUUCAAGCCCCAGCGCUUCAACUACUUCUUUGUUUCUCGCAACGACAAUAUAUUAACUCGAGAAGGCAUGCAGCAGCUGAGCGGGCUGGUGGCUGCGGUGAAGGGGCUGACAGUGGCCAGAGACGAAGUGGUGACAGACGAGUACGGAAAUGAGUUGGAGUCCAGCGGCCCCCAGGGCCUCCCCCCAGUCCUGACUUACGAGGAUCUUUGUGUUCGAGACUCUUGGGAAGACUGCAGCGUGUUGUCAGUGCUGGAGUUGUACUCCUCGGAGCGGCAGUGGGGCCGGCCGAUCACCACCAGCGAGUGGCCGCUGGCCGCCAACUUCCACUCCCGCAAGGCCAACCACCUCGAGUCCUUGUUGGGCGACAUGCGCGUGUCAGUGAUCGACGGCGGCGACCACCAGAUCCACCGGGUGACAGGCGCGGCGGCGAGUUUGCUGCGCUUCGACUUGCAGGGCCACGCGGCCGUGGCCCCCUACUCCGCGGCCUUGGAGCGCAAAAUCGAAAAUGUGGCCAAGUCCUUUUCCGCAGAAGGCUUCACUCUGACUUAUAAACUCGAGAGAUCUAUUGCCGAUGAACUCAUGAGGUCCUCCUCCAUGGGGCCCGCGGAAACAGUGGCCCUCGUGCUGGCCACGCUGACAGUGCUGACUUACACUGUGGUGGUGAACACCACCACGAACUACAGAACGAAGACCCUUCCCGCGAUCGUGUCAGUGGCCUCCACGCUCUUAGGCUACGCCGGAGGGGCUGGGUUUAUUUAUUUCUGCGGAGUUGAACACACCCCCCCCGCUGAUGCCACUCCCUUUCUUGUUCUUGGGAUCGGAGUUGAUAAUGCUUUCGUCUUGUUGAAUUCUUACUGUCUGACUUUUCUGCACGACACGCCGCGGCAGCGGAUCGUGAGCACUGCGCGGGACGCGGGCGUGUCGAUCACCAUCACCACCAUGACCAGCGUGGCGGCGCUCGUGAUCGGCGCCGUCUGCCCCUUCUUCAGCAUCAGCAAGUUCUCCAUAGUGACUGCUUUUUGCCUCGCCUGGUCUUACGUGUUGGCCCAGACGAUCUUCCUGGGUUGCCUCUCUCUGGACGCGCGGCGGGAGGCCUUCUACACCCGCAGGGCCCGCGAGGGGGCCCUGGCUGCGCAGAAGGCCUUUUCUUCUCAGCCCCGCUUCCCAGCCCGGCCUUCUGCGCAGGGCAAGGGGGCCCCUUGCGAGGCCCGCGAGGCCCCCCAAGCCCAAGUCCAGCUGGCCGCGGGGCCCCGGGAAAGCCCCGCUGCUGCAGCGCAGCAGCAGCAGCUCUCCUCCUCCUCCGCCGCGGGGCCCGAGGGGCUCUCCGUGGACAUGCAGGGCUGCAGCGACCCCCGCGAAGGCGAGCUGCUGGUGGCUUUGAAGAAACUCUCCACUUACGAACUGGCUUCCCUCAUGACCUUCCGCAUGCAGCACAUCUGGCAGCGCCACCGCGAGAUCGUGGCCAAGUACUUCCAGUCCACCGCCGCGCGCUUCGAGCAGCGCGAGGGCCCCGGCGGCGGCUGCGGCUUCUCCAAGCUCUUCGGCCUUCUCCGCAAAACCCCCAAGACGGAGCCCACAGACCCCCCAGCCCCCAGCGCUGCUGCGCAGCCCCCAGUCAGGGCCGCCUCGCUCGAGGCCGGGACGCUGCAGGAAGACCAGGCCAGCGCGAAGGCAGCGCAGCCCGAAGAGCCGGACAGCUCCGUCGCUGCAGAGCCACCAGCCGCGGAAGAGGCCCUUCUCAGGAAAGAAGAGUCCGAAGCCGCGUCGGAGGCGCUGCAGCUGCAGGAGGAUGCAGAAGACUCCGGCCCGCGCGCCGUGCGCAUGCGCAUGGGAAAGCCUGCCGAUGGAUACAUGUUGAUGGAGGAAAAGGAGUUUCUGGUGGUGCUCGACAGGUACAUUAACGAGCCGAAGGGAAAUGUGGGCAAGAUCUACAGAAGGAUUCUCGGAAAGUACUACUGCAGGCUGAUGGGGAAUAGAUGGGUGCGGCGGCUUGUGUUUGUUGGCUUUGCUGCUCUUGUUGGCAUCGCCAUCUACGGAGUGACACAAAUGGAAACUGGCAUUACUGCAGACGAGAUCACGCCGACGGACUCUCACUUGAUUCCGUUUUUCGCAGAUCGCGCCAAGUACUUCAGCUCUCUUGGAGAGGAGGUGACAGUCUUCUUUCCCAAGAGGGAAAGCUGGGCCGACAAGGAAGUCAAGGAACGCAUCAUGACAGUCAACAGGGAACUUAUGGCCUCUGGCCACGCUCUUGCACUCUACAACGGCAUGGCCAGGUUCCUCGAGGAGAAGAACGCUUCCUUACAAGAUGGAAACGAAAGAGAGUUCUAUGACGCACUCUACAGUUGGCUUCAGGAAGACCCUGUUGGCCGUCAGUUCCGCACUUCCUUUCUGUGGGACACCCGGCCGCCGGGUUCCCCCGGGCCUCGCCUGGCUGCGUGGAAGUUCACAUUUUGGCUGCCUCACUCUCUCGACGCCGAUCUGCUGCUGGACUGGUUCAAACACACUCAAAAACUGAUCCGCGACUCUGCAGAGUACUUCGAGUGCCACGCCUUCACGCCACUGGCCCUGCUUUGGGAAAGCGACCCGUUCACAGUCAAGAGCACAGUGAACAGUCUUCUGUCAGCCCUUCUUGCUAUCAUCUUUAUGACGGUGCUGCUGAUUCCUGACCUGCUGUCCGUGCUGAUCGUGGCAUUCACAGUGCUGCUUGUUGAUUUGUGCCUCUUCGGCUUCAUGACCUUGUGGGGUCUUCGCCUGAACCUCAUCACUAUGGUGAACCUCCUGCUGGCCAUUGGUUACUCAGUGGACAGCACUCUGUUCCUGCUGCAUGCCUUCACCCACGGCUGCGGAGCCACGCGGGAAGCGCGCAUGACGGAAGGCAUGUUGAUGAUGGGCUGCCCAGUGGCCAACGGCAUGCUCAGUACUUUGUUGGCCGUUUUCUACCUCGUGGGCACCACCAAGUUCGUGCUGAUUGCCUUCUUCAGAAUGAUGGUUCUGGUUCUCGUGUUGUCUUUUGGGUUUGGUAUGAUCCUGCUUCCCGCCGUGUUGUGUAUUAUUGGUCCACUGCCCCCGAACCCGCCCGUUGUGUCCUACAGCGCGGCGAAGCCCGUCGAGGGCACAGCAACAAUCCCUCCACAGAAAGCCAGUGCUGCUCUGGCCAUCGAAGGGGAAAGCAGCGCCCCCGUGGUUGGGGGAUCUGCAGCUGCUUACGAAUCCCCGGUCCUCAAGAAAGUCGACUAA